AUGGAUGGCCAUUGCCCAAUGUGGAUCCUGAGCGGCCUUUGCCUGCUUAGCCUGGUCAGGGCCGCCACGGUAAUUGAAUUACUGGGUAAUAUAAAGCUGGAGUCCGAUUUUGAGUACGUGCUGGUUAUGAAGAAUAGGAACUUCAGUCUGCCGGAAUGGAAUGGCAGUGCGUUGGCAAAGGAAAUCAUGGAAAGAUUAGAAGUGCCUGUCCUUCAACUGGACGAGAAAAUGAGCUACUUUUUGCACAACAAAAUCAGCAGAAGUCUGGUGUCCAUAGUGCUUAUAAGUAGUGGAAAUCUGGAGGAGCACAGAAGUCUACUCAAAGCCCUAGUGGCAAAUCUCAGGCACAUGACCACUUCUAGAGUGAUUUUUCUCAUACAAACGGAGGCAUCAACUGAAUUACUUAACGAAUUAUUUAGGGAAUGCUGGCAAAAAAAGCUAUUAAAUGUUAUCGUUCUAUUCGAGGAUUAUGAAACAACAUCAACCUUCUACAGCUACUCGCAUUUUCCUAUUCUACAAAUAGAAGAGCGUCUCUACGAACCGACUAUACAAACCUUAGGCAUUUUUCCCGAUCGCCUGAGAGACUUCCAUGGCUACGAAAUGCCCGUGAUUAUUGGAGGAACAUCUCCCCGAAUCAUUGCUUAUCGCAACAAGAAAGGUCAAGUGGUCUAUUUGGGAACCGUGGGUCAUUUCAUGACCGCUUUUCAGCAGAAAUACAACGUUAGAUUUAUCCAGCCACUGCAGGCCAAAAAUCCUCUGGAUUUUGCUCCCUCGAUUGAAACGGUUGCCGCGGUGCGAAACGAGACCGUGGAGAUAUCGAUGUCCCUGACUUACCCAACAAUUCCUCCAUAUGGUUUUAGUUACCCUUAUGAACAGCUGAAUUGGUGUGUGAUGUUGCCGGUUGAGGCCGAUGUUCCACCUCUAGAAUUUUAUACAAAGGUUUUUGAGCUGGCCGCUUUUUUGCUUACCUUGGCAACUCUUGUGAUAAUAUCAUGCCUUUUGGCCAGCACUUUGCGGCUCCAUGGCUAUCCAACUAACAUUAGUGAGUACCUGCUCCACGACAGUUGCUUGAGGGGCGUGCUAGGGCAAUCCUUUGUGGAGGUUUUCCGAGCACCAACCCUAGUGCGUGGUAUAUAUCUGGAGAUCUGCGUUCUAGGCAUCCUGAUCACAGCCUGGUAUAACUCCUACUUCUCCAGUUACGUGACCAGCGCCCCCAAGCAGCCCGCUUUAAGAACUUACGAUGAUAUUCUGGCCUCUAGACUAAAGGUGUUGGCUUGGAAACCGGAAUACGCGGAGCUAUUUGGACGACUUCUGGAGUUUCGCAAAUACGAACCUAUGUUCCUGAUCGAACCGCAGUUUAGCCGAUAUCUCGCAAUACGUGACACGCUGGACACUCGGUAUGGCUAUAUGAUAGCCACCAACCGAUGGGUGUUGAUUAACGAGCAGCAAAAGGUCUUUUCGCGACCCCUUUUCCGAAAACGAGAUGACUUUUGCUUUUUCAACAACGUACCCUUCGGAUUUCCCCUGCACGAGAACUCGGUGUUUAUGGAACCGGUGCUCAAGUUGAUUAUGGAGUUGGCCGAAACAGGACUGACUUUUCACUGGAUGGCCAUGGGUUUUUCGGAACUCAUUGAUGCGGGCGAGAUGCACUUUGUGGACUUGAGUCCUCGUCGCGGGUUCAGGGCAAUGCAGAUCCAGGAUUUGCAGUACGUAUGGUACGGUUUUGGCUUCAUGGUGGUGUUCUCCACCCUGGUUUGGCUGCUGGAAAUCCUAAGCUACAGACUUAAAACUAAACCUAUUUUCUCACGACCUUUAAAAUUUCGAAACCAAAAUAUGUAA